UACCCAAAACAUAAGGACAUCUAUCGUCAUUUUGUCCCUUUACGUGUGUUGAUUGCAGGAGCUCUUUGUCUCUCGGCCCUCAGCGUUUUUCAACAAUUUUGCAUCUGAAGAAUCAGAUUCUCGCCGGUAAAUCGACUCAUAUUCCGGCGAAUUUCGAUCGCAAUGAAUACAGAAUAUGACUACCUGUUCAAGCUUUUGCUUAUUGGUGAUUCUGGUGUUGGGAAGUCAUGUCUCCUUUUGAGAUUUGCUGAUGACACAUAUCAGGAGAGCUACAUAAGCACAAUAGGAGUCGAUUUUAAAAUCAGGACAGUAGAGCAAGAUGGGAAGACCAUUAAGCUUCAGAUUUGGGAUACUGCUGGACAAGAGCGUUUUAGGACUAUCACUAGCAGCUACUAUCGAGGAGCCCAUGGCAUAAUAGUUGUUUAUGAUGUGACGGAUCAGGAGAGCUUCAAUAAUGUGAAGCAGUGGCUGAGUGAAAUUGAUCGUUAUGCUACCCCAAAUGUUAACAAAAUUCUUGUUGGGAACAAAUCUGACCUCGUUGCUAAUAGAGUUGUGUCAUAUGAAACGGCUAAGGCCUUUGCUGAUGAAAUUGGUAUUCCAUUCUUGGAGACCAGUGCGAAAGAUGCUAGUAAUGUAGAACAGUCUUUCAUGGCUAUGACUGCUGCUAUCAAGAAUAGUAUGGCAAGUCAACCGGCCACAAAUUCUGCCCAGCCUCCAACCGUAAAUAUUCGCGGCCAGCCUGUCAGUCAGAAUAGUGGUUGCUGCUCGUCUUGAUUACAAGCGAACGUCCGCUAUUUGCUUGCUGGCUCAUCCAUGACAUGUCUGCUGUAUUCUCACUAAUCAACAACAAUGUUUACCCUUGUGGCCUUGUUCUGCAAAUCCUUACAGCUAGAUAUAUCCUUUUAUUUCUUGAUAAAAGUAUCUUUUUCUUGAAGUGUACAAAUUGGAACAUAAUGAUCUUAGCAUUAUUUGUUGAACUUUGA